AUGGCCGCCUCGAGGCCGAUAAUUGUCGCCAUUGCAUCCUUCGAGCUCUGCUCGUGCACGCGGUUCUCGGACCUGGAAGAACACUUUGCUGUCUCGACAUCUCAGGCAGACUUAUACACAGCAACCGCGGUCGCAAUAUCUUACACGUGGGGCGAGUUUGACCGGCGCAAGCAUGUUCUCGGGCAUCCGACAGGUGCUGCCGAGCGACGCGUGAGCUUCGAACUGGGCGCAGAAUGGGGACUGGCAAGCUUCAUCCAUCGACUCGUGCAGCUGACCUUGACUUAUCAAGGCGUCUGGAUUGAUCAGGCUUGUCUCCCUCAAGAUGUAAGCGACGAGGAAUGGGCCGACGUGCUCAUGUCCAUUCCCCUUGUGUUCAAGACACUCCCGGUGAUUGCAUUGUUUCCAGGCCGACUGUGCAGAUGCUUGUCCACAACCUGGCAAAGGUACCAGGAUGCCGUCCAAGGUCCCCAGGAUGGGCCUAGGUCUGCGGCCUUUGACACAUCCAAGGUAGUGGGAGAAGCCUACGAAAGGCUACGCGACAUCAUCACAGCAACCGAGUGUAUAUACGCAAACGGCUGGUGCUCCUGGGUCGACCGAAUCUGGCCAUCCGAAGAGCUGCGAUAUUCCCGUCAAAUCUCUGUAUGCUGGGUGGAGGAAGGUUUCGCAGAUUGCCGUCAGCCUGGGAAUCCGAACUUGAAGCCCGAGGAGUUGUCCGGUCUGCCACUGCUGCUGUACCGUGAGAUGCAGUCCACUGGAGUAUCACACGAGGACACUAUGAUUGCAAUCAGACGGAGAGGCUCAAGAUGGAUCCGACGCCUGUGGCUCGCCAUUGGCGAGAAUCUUAAAGAAUACUCCGAGGCAACUUCAACAAGCUCAUUCUCCCUGGAUCAGCGUAAGAGUGAGGACAUGGCCCGAUUCCUGCUAGGCGACAUUAUGCAUUUCGGUAACAGCUCGACCGCGCUCUCCGACCUCUUCCGCUUCGUGUGGGCCUGUGAAAUCCUAGCUCAAACAGGCAAGCGAGCCACAAAGGCGCACGACUAUAUUUUCUCCGUCUGGGCUGAUUGGCCAAGCUAUCAGAUCCCUCGGUCGUUCUCCCACCUGACCUGCUUUGAGCUGCUUGCCGAUGCGUUGGAUCAGUUCAAGUCUCGCGACCAUCAAGUUUUUGUACCCAGCUCCAGUCCUUCGGGCCUCAUCAACUCUUCUUCGCCGUCGUGGAGGUUUACCUGCAGCCUCUCCAAAAACCCCGAGUUGAUUCAAGACACUCAUGACGUAUAUCGUCCCUUCUUUUGGCUCAAUGCAAUGGUUGGGAUGAGCUCUGCUCUUCCCCUGCAUAUUGAGCAGGGCACCUCUCGGACCUCUGAGCCACGCCUUGUGAAGGAGUGGAUCUUGGAACUCUCGACAAGCGCGGUGCUUGAAUGUGUUUUGGAGUUCAAGUACAGAAGAGAUCAAAGGUUCGUGAUAGACGUCGUCCGCUCUGGUACGAGCGACAUGGGAGGUAACCCCUUCUCACUGCAUGGGAAGUCGCACCUUGACGUGGAUGACAUUUUCGACUUCAUAUGCCUUUCACUGAACCUGGACAAGGCAAAGUGCCGGAGAGCAAACCUUCAGGCCACGUGUGUGCAGCGGCAGGUGACUAGUAAGUUCAGUGACACGAUGACGGAGACACAGGAAAUCGUCUGUUUCGGGCUUGCAAAUUGGGAAAAGAUUGAAGAUGCGUGGCUGGGCGGUCAGAAAGCGCUGAGCGUCAACAUCACAAACGAGAAGUGGCCGUUAUAUGAGGCCGUGUCGCUGCCGGGACGGGACGACCACUUCUCAAUCGCUGGAGUUUGGGUCCCGCUCUGUGGUAUUUGCGAAUGCAUGUUGGAAUGUGUGAUAGACAACGAAGACAUCAAUGGCGUCCUGGUGUAA